UAGCUUGACAGAGGCUAGUCCGGUCAGUAUCCCUGACAACACCACUCACACACUCCUCAACAUGCGUGAGUGCAUCAGUAUCCAUGUUGGUCAGGCUGGGGUACAGAUGGGCAAUGCCUGCUGGGAACUGUACUGCUUGGAACAUGGCAUACAACCCGACGGUACCAUGCCCUCUGACAAGUACGUAGGGGGCAACGACGACUCCUUCACCACCUUCUUCAGCGAGACUGGUAGCGGCAAGCACGUCCCCAGGGCUGUGUUCGUCGAUCUGGAACCCUCAGUCGUCGACGAGGUACGGAUCGGCGUGUACCGGUACUUGUUCCACCCAGAGCAGUUGAUUACCGGGAAGGAAGAUGCUGCCAACAACUACGCCAGGGGUCACUACACCAUCGGGAAGGAGAUCGUUGACCUUGUCCUUGAUCGUGUCCGUAAGCUGGCCGACCAGUGUACCGGGUUACAGGGCUUCCUCAUCUUCCACUCGUUCGGCGGAGGUACUGGGUCAGGCUUUACCUCCCUCCUCAUGGAAAGACUCUCAGUUGACUACGGCAAGAAGAGCAAGCUGGAGUUUGCCAUCUACCCCGCCCCUCAGGUGGCGACGGCGGUGGUAGAACCGUACAACUCCAUCCUGACGACCCACACCACGCUGGAACACUCCGACUGCGCCUUCAUGGUCGACAACGAGGCCAUCUACGACAUCUGCCGCAGGAACCUGGACAUUGAGCGACCAACUUACACCAACCUUAACCGACUCAUCGGCCAGAUUGUCUCCUCCAUCACCGCCUCCCUUAGGUUCGACGGUGCCCUUAAUGUUGACCUGACUGAGUUCCAGACCAACUUGGUGCCUUACCCCCGCAUCCACUUCCCGCUGGUGACCUACGCUCCGGUCAUCUCUGCCGAGAAAGCUUACCACGAGCAGAUCUCAGUGGCGGAGAUCACCAACGCCUGCUUCGAGCCCGCCAACCAGAUGGUAAAAUGUGACCCCCGCCACGGUAAGUACAUGGCCUGCUGCCUCCUCUACCGCGGUGACGUGGUGCCCAAAGAUGUCAACGCCGCCAUCGCCUCCAUCAAGACCAAGCGCACCAUCCAGUUCGUGGACUGGUGCCCCACGGGCUUCAAGGUGGGCAUCAACUACCAGCCACCCACAGUGGUACCAGGUGGUGACCUGGCCAAGGUGUCGCGCGCCGUCUGCAUGUUGUCCAACACCACCGCCAUCGCUGAAGCCUGGGCACGCCUCGACCACAAGUUCGACUUGAUGUACGCCAAACGUGCCUUCGUCCACUGGUACGUCGGGGAGGGCAUGGAGGAGGGCGAGUUCACGGAGGCCCGCGAGGACCUGGCAGCCCUGGAGAAGGAUUAUGAGGAGGUCGGUAUGGACUCUGCAGAAGAGGAGGUGGACGAGAACGAAUAUUAACCCCGAGGCCAGCCAGAGCGUCAGAUGGAGCACAGCCGCCGUCACCCUCACGAGUCCUACCAAGGGUCACAUGUUAACACAGGCUGUACCAGGAGCCGUACCACCACACUGCCCAGGAUCAUGACUUCCGGAAUCCCAUUUAUGAUUCCAGAAGUACCCUGAGCUGCCCGGACCCUGGAUGAGGUGAGGGUGACAGUUGUUGUAUCCUCUCCUGCUGGUGUUGAAGUCGCCGCUUCACCACACCAGUGAUCGCAUCUCUCACAGCUACACACUAACAACCCAAGCUUUUGAUUGCUCGUCUCCGGUGUUCUUAAAUCAAAAUCCACUCCGUGUACACUCCUUCAUCUCGACAGGCAACAAAACAAAUUCUGAGAAUCAUGUUAAAAACAGUUGAUCUUGUAGUCAACUGCCAGGGUUACUCUCACUGUUAAAACAGUUGUUUUAUUGUACCUAAAGUAUAUACGCCAAUAGCUAAGUAAAGUCAAUACCGGUCAAUUACUUUACCUUAUUCACCGGACAGCAACUUGUUGAUAUAAGACAGGUGGCCACUAAUUUACAUAUAUUACUGUAAUAUGUACGUUAGUGCUUGAAUAGCCAGGGUCUCGAAGUGCCAUUCAGUAAAAUAAAUAAAAAAAAAAAUCAGAAAUACAGAUGUCAAAGUCGUGUCACAUCACAGUUAAGACACCGACUAAUGCUCUGGCAGGUGUAGGAUGAUGUCAUUUGAGGACGCCGCUGGUGGAUGGGGCGCCCGUGCAUCCUGUUGUCACACUUCCACUCGCUUACAAUCAAAACAAAUGACUUCAUAGCAUUUCCUGACAUCGGUAUGGUCCAAGACGGUCGUAAAUGACGCCAUUAUCCUCCAAGACGGUCUUAGCAGACGUCAUUAUCCUCCAAGACGUUCGUAGUUGACGUCAUUAUCCUCCAAGACGGUCGUAGUUGACGUUAUUAACCCUCUUAAGACGGUCGAAACGUGCUGUGAUGUCAUAACAUUCUGUGACGUUUAAUAUUGGAUUUUGUUAUGACGUCACCGCUUUCCACGGUGCUGACAUGAGAGUCUAUUUGACAUUUGGUCUUUACUCCAGAUUAUAAACUAUUCUUGUUACGGUCUUUUGAUGUAAAUGUUUAUAGAGAAGAACAGGGAGUUAUGAAGGUGUGUCCUGAAUAAAGAUAGGAGUUUU